AUGGCUAAAGCAAUUGGUAUUGAUUUGGGUACAGCAUAUUCGUGUGUUGCUGUAUUUCAACAUGGAAAAGUUGAAAUCAUUCCUAAUGAACUAGAAAACCGAAUAACACCAUCAUAUGUUGCAUUCACUGAUAAUGAACGUUUAAUUGGUGAUCUUGCUAAAAGUCAAGCAGCUCGAAAUCCAAACAAUACACUAUUUAGUGUCAAACGACUUAUUGGUCGUAAAUAUGACGAUCCAACUGUACACGCUGAUAUGAAAUAUUGGCCAUUUAAAAUACUUAAUGAUAACGGUAAACCAAAAGUUGUAGUUCAAUAUAGAGAUCGAAUGAUACUAUUUACACCUGAGGAAAUAUGUUCAAUGGUAUUGGCAAAAAUGAAGCAAAUAGCAGAAGCUUAUUGUAAUGAAAAAAUUUCCAAUGCUAUUAUUACUAUUCCAGCUUAUUUUAAUUAUUCACAACGUCAGGUAAUAAAAGAUGCUGCUACUAUCGCUGGUCUUAAUGUAUGGCGUAUUAUUAAUGCAUCAACAGCUGCUGCUCUGGCUUAUGGUUUCGAUAAAAAUGUCCCUGCCGAACGAAAUGUAUUAGUUUUUGAUUUGGGUGCUGGUACUCUUAAUGUAUCAGUUUUAAAAAUUGAACAAGGAAUCUUUGAAGUUAAAUCAACAUCUGGUGAUAUACAUUUAGGUGGUGAAGAUUUUGAUAAUCGAAUGGUUGCAUAUUUUGUUCAAGAAUUCAAAAGUAAAUAUGGUAAAGAUUUAUCAGAGAACAAACGUGCUCUUCGACGAUUACGUAUUGCUUGUGAAUCAGCUAAACUUACUUUAUCAUUAUUAUCUCAAGCACCGAUUGAAAUUGAUUCAUUACAUGAUGGUAUCGAUUUUCAUUCAAUAAUAACUCGUACUCGGUUUGAAGAAAUUUGUGAUGAUCUAUUUCAAUCAACACUUGAACCAGUUGAAAAGGCUUUACGUGAUGCUAAAAUGGAUAAAUCGUCAAUCGACGAAAUUGUUCUUGUUGGUGGUUCAACGCGUAUUCCAAAAAUACAAAAACUUCUACAAGAUCUCUUUAAUGAUAAAGAACUAAAUAAAUCUAUUAAUGCAGAUGAAGCUGCUGCUUAUGGUGCAGCUAUUCUGGCAGCUAUUUUCACUGGCGAUAAAUCAGAUGCAGUUAAAGAUAUGCUUUUACUUGAUGUUGUACCAUUCACAUUAGUAAGUCGAAUGAAUUCAAAGGGUUCUUCUAUAAUUUUUUUUCUUUGUGACGGGUAUUGA